AUGUCUGCCCCCGUCGAAACCCUGGACGCCAGCUGGAAGAAAGCCCUGAGCAGCGAUGUUUCUGUGCUCAAGUUGGCAUCUUCCGAGGGUAACGUUGGUUUCCUCUCCGUCUUCUCCGAGAAGACGCUCAUGAGCGUCCAAGCGGAGACUUCUUCUCUUCGCCAAGAACUGAUGGCGAUGGACAUCAACACCAUGUACAACAACUCGGACGUCUACCAGAAGCUCAGCCAGCAGACGACUGAUGGUCUUCAAGCAGCCCAGAACGACGUCGAAGCAGUCAAGCGCAGCCUGGAAGAGAAUGCGAAUGGCCCUAACGCCAAGACUGAGGGUAGCUGGCAGACUGUGCUGCGCAACUCUAUUGAGCAGCAGAAGAAGGCCAGCGACAAGCGAUGGGACGAUCUCCUUACCCUCGGCAUCACGGAGAUUGACAAGCUCCCUCCGACCCUGCGAGCUGGUGCAGCAACCACUUACACGGCUGGUCUGGCUACCAUUGGUGCAUUCGCUGGCAAGGCCAUGGAUGCGCUCAAGGGCUUUGUUGGCCGUAUCGGCGAGUUCAUCACCAGGGCCUGGGAGAAGAUCAAGGAGUUCGGGCAAUCCAUUGUCAACUGGACCACCGCCGCAUGGUCUAGCAUCAAGGGAAUCUACGGUAGCAUUUUCUCCGCUCAGGGUAUCUCCACCCAGAGCUUCGCAACUCAGAGCACCCUUGCCCCUCCGAAUGCGAACGGAGACUUUGCUCCUCGCAACCUGAGAAAGGUUCUCAGUAACGCGGCAUUGAAUGGAGCCAGCGAUUCGGACAACAUCAUGGUCCCUGCCGGUCUGCUUCGCGGUCUGUUUGAGAUUAUUUGGUAA